AGGCUCAGAAUGCCAAACUGGGGAGGUGGCAACAAAUGUGGUGCUUGUGGUAGAACAGUGUACCAUGCGGAAGAAGUUCAGUGUGAUGGGAGGAGUUUCCACAAAUGCUGCUUCCUCUGUAUGGUCUGCAGGAAAAACUUAGACAGCACAACAGUAGCCAUUCAUGAUGGAGAAGUAUAUUGCAAGUCUUGCUACGGAAAGAAGUAUGGUCCAAAAGGAUAUGGCUAUGGCCAAGGAGCAGGCACUCUGAAUAUGGACAGAGGGGAAAGGCUGGGUAUCAAGCAUGACAAUGCACCUUCUCCUCGACCCACAACAAGUCCAAAUACUUCAAAGUUUGCCCAGAAAUUUGGAGGAGCAGAGAAGUGUUCCAGAUGUGGUGACUCUGUGUAUGCAGCGGAGAAAGUAAUAGGGGCUGGAAAGCCUUGGCAUAAAAACUGUUUCCGAUGUGCUAAGUGUGGGAAAAGCCUGGAGUCGACAACUCUGACGGAGAAGGAGGGAGAAAUAUAUUGCAAAGGUUGUUACGCAAAGAACUUUGGCCCCAAAGGAUUUGGCUAUGGCCAGGGAGCUGGUGCUCUCGUUCAUGCUCAAUGAAUUGCUAGCACCACUGCAUUGAGAUGGUGCAGUAGUUUGAGAUGCAGCUUAAAUGUUACUGUGAAACUGAUU